AUGUCGAAUUCCUUCAAGUUAAUUGUGCGAAAUGCAAAGCAGCUGGUGACCAUCACCAAGAAUCACGAAAAGAUGCUCUGCGGAGAAGCUAUGAAUCAUAUCGAGAUUAUCGAGAACGGAUCCAUUAUUAUCGGCAAGGAUGGCUUGAUCUCUGCUGUGGGUCCUGCUGCCGAAAUUGAGAAGACCUAUGCGGGUUGCACGUUUGAUAAGGAGAUUGACGCUACGGGACUCUGCGUAAUUCCUGGACUUGUCGAUGGUCAUACACACCCCGUCUACGCCGGUGACCGUGUGAAUGAGUACCGCAUGAAGCUCGAAGGAGCUACCUACAUGGACAUUCACCGCAUUGGUGGCGGUAUCGGUUUCACCGUUCGCCACACGCACGACGCAUCGGAAGACGAACUUCUCGAGAACGUCAAGUCGCGUCUCAUGACGAUGCUUCGCCACGGAACCACGCUCGCUGAGUGCAAGAGCGGCUACGGCCUGGUCACCGACGACGAGAUCAAGCUUCUGCGCGUGCUGCAGCGCGUGAAGAAGGAGGUGCCGUUGGACAUCGUAAUGAAUCUGCUGGCUGCGCACUCGGUGCCUGUGGGCUACACAUCCGAAGAGGCGACGCAAAUGAUCAUCAACGAGAUGAUUCCCAAGGCCAUCGCGCUGAAGGAGAAGGGAGAACUCGACAUCGAACUCAUCGACAUAUCCAAUCCAAAAAAAGUCCCGAUUUUUGGAAUUCCAUAA